AAUAUUCCAAAUGUCUCAGACCUUAAAUUUGGUUCAAAUUAGAGACCAAAACCAAAUUGAUUACAAUACCGCACAACACUGCGACCCUCCACUUUUCUUUUACUGCUUCUGCUUCUCUCCUGCUACUUCAAAACACAGUAGUCACAAGAAUGGGGUUUUCCUCCUUUCUGGGUCGUGUCCUCUUUGCCUCCCUAUUCAUCCUCUCAGCAUGGCAGAUGUUUAAUGAAUUUGAUGACACUGGUGGACCAGCUGCAAAGGAGUUGAUUCCCAAGCUUGCGGCUGUGAGGAUAAAUUUAUCCUCCAAACUGGGGUUAGCGGUACCAGACAUUAAUGUUCGACCAGUCAUUGCCUCUACCAUAUUUUUAAAGGGGGUUGGAGGAAUUCUAUUUGUGCUUGGCAGUACAUUUGGAUCUUAUCUUCUGCUCUUUUAUCUGGGACUUUCUACACCAAUUCUGUAUGAUUUCUACAACUAUAGACCUAAUAACCCUCAAUACAGUUUAUUGCUGAGUGAUUUCAUUCAGAACACAGCACUUUGUGGUGCAUUGCUAUUUUUUAUAGAGAUGAAAUACUUGAUUACCAGAAAACAAAUCAGGAAGAAGACCCCAAAAGCAAAGACAGUUUAGAGAUAAGAAAAAAGAAGUAUGUAUCUGUUGCCAGUAAAAAGGUUAUUAAAUUCUUGGUUGCAGCGUUAUGGAAUAAUACUUAAACCCUUUUAGCACUGGCAAAUAUUUACACAGACCAAUUAUUUCACAAUGUUCAAUCCGGUACAAUUGUUUAAUGUCAGCAUAAUUAAAUGUGAUUGAAAGAUAUCCAAUA